GACUGAGCAGAGGGAAAAGAGCCUCACAGACGGAGACACUGGUGGUUUGCAGCCAAACUUAACUUCAGCCCGGACUCCUGGAUCCAGGCUGGACUGUGGGAGACUCUCAGGGAGACUCUGGCUGCUUCACGCUGUGAGGAAUUACUUUUCUGGUGUUUCUGUAGGACAGGACUCUGAAAGCACUCCUCAGCAGAGCAUCACAGCCUCCUGACCCCGGAGCAGAGGACCGGACUUUGAAUGAACACUUCCCUCUAACCGUAGUUGGAUAUUAAGGGGCUCCUUACACUGUGUUUACAGCUCUUACUGAACCUUUUUAAAGUUGUUCAAACUAACUUUCUGGGGGUCAUGGCUGUGGGGGGACACUGCUCCAGCUGCUGGUGGGUUUGGGGAUUCACUCUGGUGCAUCUCUUCCAGCCUGGCAUUGGUCAGCACGAGCGAGGAAUUUUCAUCCCUGAGCACGGCUUCUGCCAGCCCAUCUCCAUCCCCCUGUGCACAGAUAUCGCCUACAACCAAACCAUCAUGCCCAACCUGCUGGGGCACACCAACCAGGAGGAAGCCGGGCUGGAGGUCCACCAGUUUUACCCCCUGGUCAAAGUCCAAUGCUCCUUGGACCUUAAGUUCUUCCUGUGCUCCAUGUAUGCGCCGGUCUGCACGGUUCUGGACCAGGCAAUCCCCCCCUGCAGGUCUCUGUGUGAGCGGGCUCGGCAGGGCUGCGAGGCGCUCAUGAACAAAUUUGGAUUCCAGUGGCCUGAGAGGCUGCGCUGUGAGAACUUUCCCAUCCACGGUGCUGGAGAGAUCUGCGUGGGUCAGAACACCACCGAGACCGACAACCCCACCUCCGACCCCACCCCGAGCCUCUCUGAGUUUGUGACCUUGCCUCCGCACAUUUGGGGGAACCAGCCUUUCUCCUGCCCCCUGCAGCUCCAGGUGCCCACCUACCUGAACUAUCACUUUCUGGGGGUGAAGGACUGUGGCGCCCCCUGCGAGCCAUCCAAACCCAACGGGCUGAUGUAUUUCCAAGAGGAUGAGUUAAAGUUCGGCCGGCUCUGGGUUGGAAUCUGGUCCAUCCUAUGCUGUGUCAGCACCCUCUUCACUGUUCUCACCUAUUUGGUGGACAUGAAGCGGUUUCGAUACCCAGAGAGACCAAUCAUCUUCCUGUCUGGCUGCUAUUUCAUGGUGGCGGUGGCGUACAGUGCAGGCUUCCUGCUGGAGGACCGAGUAGUGUGUGUGGAUAAAUUUAAAGAGGAUGGCUACAAGCUGGUGGCUCAAGGCACCAAGAAGGAGGGCUGCACCAUCCUGUUCAUGAUUCUCUACUUCUUCGGCAUGGCGAGCUCGGUGUGGUGGGUGGUCCUGUCUCUCACAUGGUUCCUGUCUGCUGGGAUGAAAUGGGGUCACGAGGCAAUCGAGGCCAACUCGCAGUACUUCCACCUGGCAGCCUGGGCGGUGCCAGCAGUAAAGACCAUCACCAUCCUGGCUAUGGGGCAGGUGGAUGGUGACCUGCUGACUGGUGUCUGCUAUGUAGGGAUCUACAACGUGGACGCACUGCGCGGUUUCGUCCUGGCGCCACUGUUUGUCUACCUCUUCAUCGGCACUUCUUUUCUGCUGGCCGGCUUUGUGUCACUCUUCCGUAUCCGCACCAUCAUGAAGCACGACGGCACCAAGACCGAGAAGCUCGAAAAGCUGAUGGUGCGGAUCGGUGUGUUUAGCGUGCUGUACACGGUGCCUGCCACCAUCGUCAUCGCCUGCAACUUCUACGAGCAGGCCUUCCAGUCGCAGUGGGAGGUCACAUGGCACACGCAGACCUGCAAACACUUUGCCGUGCCGUGCCCGGCUGCAAACUUUGCUUCUAACACGCCAGACUUCACCGUCUUUAUGAUCAAGUACUUGAUGACCUUGAUUGUAGGCAUCACGUCGGGCUUCUGGAUCUGGUCAGGGAAAACCCUCCAGUCAUGGCGCCAUUUUUAUCAAAGACUGAUCAACAGCAACCAGGGAGAGACCACCGUGUAGCCCUGAAGAAACCAGCAACCUGGGACAGGUGGAGGUUAGGAGACGCUGAGGUAAAAGAGACGCUAGUUUGGUGCUCCGUGGAUCUUUGAGUCUUUUGGACCUCAGUGGACACAUCAGAGGCUGCAUCAUUAAAACACAGAACAAACAUGAUUCCUGAAAUCUGACGUCCACUCGAGGCUCUUUAACUUUUCACACUCAAGUUGGAUUAUGAGCCUCUGAUGAACUCAGGGAACUUUUUAUUUUAUGGGUCUAUCAUUGAUCUGAUAGUUUCCUGGAAAAAUACAUAUUGAUAAUCAUGAUUAUUAGUCCAAAGCUUCUCUUUUCAAAAGACCCCAAAAGCCUUAAAUUCAUAUUGAUAAUUUGGCAUAUUUGCUCUAAAAUGAUGACAAAUAUUUGCUCUAAAUUUCAUUGUAAUUUAUAAAUUUUUUCAUCAACAGGUUCAUUGAUUAGCUCUUGAUUGGUUUGUCUAUGAAAAGUCUCCUCAUCUUGUUUUGUUUGACCUUCAGUUCACUGCAGUACGAUAAAAGUAUUUAACUAUCACUGCAGUAAACGUCCUGCAUUCAGGUCUUUUAGGUGACGUCGGGUGUGGACUCAUAGGAUCGAUGAUGAUGUUUUUUUAUUAACUGUUCAUUGUUGUUUAUGUCCCAACUUUCACUCUAGAAAUAAAUGUUUUAAUUUUCAGUCCUUCAGCACAUCUUUAAACAUUUAUUCAGACGCAGCUGAACAACAAACAAUAUUAACAUUCAGAAAUAAACUCUUAUGGGUUGAUAUCGGCUGAUAACAGUGUUUGGCUGAUUUAUUUUAAA